GGCUGACAAACAGGCAACGGUCCUCCGAGCUGACAUUUGCAGGCUCGUCCAGGGGGAAGGAAAGCAACUCCCUCGGCCGGUCCGCUCGGUCCGCCGCUGCAGGAGGGGGGUGGUUUCUGCAGGGGGGGGUGCGGCGCACUUUCACGCUCACUUCGACGCUGUGCUGCAUCAAGAGGCAGAAGAGGAGAGCGCAGGACUGUGAGUUCUCCCGUGGACAGAGACGAUAGGGCGACAUGCUACCGUCCCCCCCCCCAGGGGAGGCUGAGCAGCGGGGAGUCAGGCGGGAUCUCGGUGCACCUGCUCCGCGCACGCUGAAUAUGUGGAGGCGCUGACGUGUGCGAUGGCCGGCCACGACCUUCAGGUUCCCCCAUACACAGCUCUGUGUUAUCGUUACCUCACAACAAAGCAGCCCGGCCCGAGAAUCUGACCAAACCUCCCCCCCUUUCUCCCCCUUUCCCUCCCUCUCCCCGGGUGUCCCUCUAUCCUGGGCCCACCAUGGGAGGAUGCUUCUCCAAACCCAAACCAGUUGAAGUUAAAGUGGAACUCUCUCUCCUGGAAAAAGAAAAAGACGUGGACGGCCUGUCACCCAAUGGCAAAGCCAGCCCCUUUGCAGACUGCAGACCCAACGGGGCCCUGGGACACGGCUCUGACGAUGACUCCACGCCGCCGCCUCUCUACCACAAAGCCCGGGACUACGUGGAGGCCUCAGUCUGUCACGUUAAAGACCUGGAAAAUGGACAGAUGCGAGAGGUUGAUCUGGGAAGUGGACGAGCGCUGUUGAUUAAGGAGCACGGAGAGUUCUCCGCCAUGGCUCACAAGUGUCCACACUACGGAGCCCCUCUGGUCAAAGGAGUGCUAUCAAAAGGACACGUGCGCUGUCCGUGGCACGGUGCGUGUUUCGACAUUGCAACAGGAGACCUGGAGGACUUCCCCGGGCUGGACAGCCUGCCUACCUUCCAGGUCAGGGUUGAAAAGGACAAGGUGAUCAUUCGUGCAAACAAGCAGGCACUUCAGUCGCAGAAAAGGUCGAAGCCCAUGGCCCGAUGCUCAGCAGUCAUAAACUCCAGCUCCGGCUUCAGCCAUGUUCUCAUCAUUGGCUCAGGUCCAGCAGGUCUGGUGUGUGCAGAAACACUGAGGCAAGAGGGCUUCACCGAUCGCAUUGUCAUGUGCACCAAGGACAGGCAUCCUCCAUAUGACAGGCCUAAACUGAGUAAGUCCUUAGAGAGCACCGCUGAGCAGCUGAGAUUGCGCUCAAUGGACUUCCUGCAGGAUCAUGACAUUGAACUGCUCGUUGAUAAAGAGGCUGUGUCGAUAGAUGUGAAAACGCGGUCUGUGACCUUUGAAGAUGGCUCGAGAAUGGAGUACAAGAAACUCUUUAUUGCAACAGGAAGCAAACCCAAACCAAUGGUCUACAACGGAAAGGACGUCAGGAACGUGUUUCACCUCCGGACGCCCGAGGACGCCAACAGCAUCGCGCGGCUGGCCAACAACAAGAACGCUGUGAUCGUGGGAACGUCAUAUGUUGGUAUGGAGGUGGCUGCCGCUCUAACUGACAAGGCCCACUCGGUGUCUAUCAUUGGGAUCGAGUCUGUCCCAUUCAAAAAAGCUCUCGGGGAGAAAGUAGGGAAAGCCGUAAUGAAGCUGUUCGAGGUGAACAGGGUGAAGUUCUACAUGCUGAACGAAGUGUCAGAGAUGAUUGGCCAACAUGGACAGCUGAAAGAGGUGGUGCUGAAGAGCGGAAAAGUCCUGCGCGCCGACGUGUGUGUCAUUGGAGCAGGGAGUAUUCCUGCAACGGGCUUCCUGAAACAGAGCGGCAUCCACAUGGACUCCAGGGGCUUCAUCACUGUAAACAAGAUGAUGCAGACAAAUGCUGAUGGGGUUUUUGCAGGAGGAGACGUGGUGGUGUUUCCUUUCCCGCCACGACACAACAAGAAGGUGAACAUCCCUCACUGGCAAAUGGCUCACGUGCACGGCAGGGUGGCGGCCCUCGGCAUGAUGGGAAGACCCGCUGACCUCAAGACUGUGCCUUACUUCUGGUCAGCCAUGUUUGGCAAGACGAUACGCUACGCAGGUUAUGGUGAUGGAUUUGAUGAUGUCAUUAUACAAGGAGAUCUGGAUGAACUGAGAUUCGUGGCGUUUUACACGAGGGGUGAAGAGGUGGUUGCCGUUGCCAGCAUGAACUAUGACCCUAUCGUAUCCCGAGUGGCGGAGGUCUUGGGAUCAGGAAAGACGAUUAGGAAACGAGAUGUGGAGAUUUUAGCACGUCUUGGCAAGACUGGAGACAUUUCUUGGUUGAUUGACAAAGGCCCUCAAUGACUCCGCGUCUGAAGGACAAGCCCAUAGUCCACCGGACAACUCAAUAUGGACACUUAUGGUGCUGAGAAACUGAGCAGCUAUCCCGGUCUGGACACACACACACACACACACACACACACACACACUGAGGACAGGACUGCGUCUCUUGGAGACAAACCCUCCUGAGGACUAGACUGAAACUUGCUUUUGUUCCCGAGAGACACUGGGUAUUUCAUGACAGAUUUCACAAACAAAGUAAUACUGGAUUCAGUCUUUGUUCCACUGCAAGAUGUAUCUACCUGUACACUUUGUUUAUAAGAAGCCAGGGAUGGGAAUUGGCAUGUUUUUGUACAAAUAACCAUGUAUAUACAUAUAAUCCUGAAUGCACUGUUACAAGAUAAGAACAUACAAUUUGAAAUGAAGUUUUAAGUAGCAGGUUUGGUUGUAUGCUCACAUUCGGGCCUUAGAUGCUGUAACUUACUUUGAUGGAUGAAUUGACCAAAAGUCCCCAAACACAGAGUAUUCAAUCUAGAUCCAAUGGCAAAUCAAAUCUAAAAACAUACUGCAGAAGAUUCCUGGAUGCAGAUUUAACAGACUCCCUAACACACACAUGCUGCUUUAACUUGUGGUAAGUGACAAUUCCUAGAAUUACCACAUCUUUUAUUUGCUGUCUUGCGACUGUAGUAGAUUGCAAAAAUUAAAUUAAAAUUCUACUUUGAUCACAUACUAGUGCAUACACAAUAGAUUCAUGUUUCUUCUAGAGAAUAUUACUCCUUUAGGCAAAUCCAAUAGAAGUUUAGGGUUUUUUUGAUAGCUGUCUCCUCCAUUGGGAUAUUCUCUGUUGAUAACUCAGGGAACUGAGGUUUUUCAACUGGACUUACUGGCAAAAUAAGAAAAACAUAAUUUGUUGCUUUCAUUCGUUUCCCCAGUUAUUGUAAUUUAAGGGUUCUUAUGUUCAUUCAGAAUUGCUUGUAAUGGGUUCAAACCGGAUGCUUGUUUAAAUACUGCAGCAAUGUAAACCCUGACAGACAAGUCAACUCAGCAUUUUAAAAAGCAUAAUUCUUCCUGCAGAGAAGCCCGGAAGGGCAUUUUUAUAACUAAACUUUGAAAUAAAAGUCUUCCAACAAA